CUGAGCUCAUGGCACCGGGAACUGUUUUCCAUCUACUUAGGCGUUGGGGAGAAGUUUUCAACUUGGGAACCCACCAAACGGGAGCUUGAACUGCUGAAACACAACCCGAAAAGGCGAAAGAUCACCUCCAACUGCACCAUAGGUUUGCGGGGGCUGAUCAACCUUGGCAACACCUGCUUCAUGAACUGCAUCGUCCAGGCGCUCACGCACACGCCGCUCCUGCGAGACUUCUUCCUCUCCGACAGGCACCGGUGUGAGAUGCAGACCCCCAGCUCGUGUCUGGUCUGCGAGAUGUCGUCGCUGUUUCAGGAGUUCUACUCGGGGCACCGCUCCCCCCACAUCCCCUACAAGUUGCUGCACCUGGUGUGGACUCACGCGCGGCACCUGGCGGGGUAUGAACAGCAGGACGCGCAUGAGUUCCUCAUCGCCGCCCUGGACGUCCUCCACCGGCAUUGCAAAGGUGACGAUAAUGGGAAGAAGGCCAACAACCCCAACCACUGCAACUGCAUCAUAGACCAGAUCUUCACGGGCGGGCUGCAGUCGGACGUCACCUGCCAAGUCUGCCAGGUUUUAAAAAAUCCUGGUCACGAUCCACUCAAGUUAUUUCGGAACCUCUACUGGAUUCCCGCGUGCAGUUGGUAGAGGACAGAGGAGAUACCGGGAGGGGAGCG